UUUUUCCAGAGAUUCCCCCAACUCAUCGCCGCUACGAACAACGAAGGAUCCACUUGCUUACACUGGGCCGCCCGUUGUGGAUCGUCUGAAUGCGUUUCUACAAUUCUCAACUUCCCAUUCCCAUCAGAAUAUUUGAUGGAAAUCGAUACCGUUGGUGCUCCAGCCUACAAGCUUGCCCUAGAUGUGAACGAGGUGGAUGGAGAGUGUCGAACUGCAAUGUAUCUGGCAGUGGCCGAGGGACAUUUAGAAGUCGUUCAGGCUAUGACGGAGUUCAAAUGCACGUCCAUAGACGGCAAACGCCGUUGCCCCUUCCAACUCGACGUCUACUGUACACGUGGCAGAACUCCAUUCAUGUUGGCUGCCUUCAACCACAAUCUUCCACUAAUGACU